AUGACUGAAGGAAGGAAUAUCACUGAGAUCACCCAAUUCCUCCUCCUGGGAUUCUCAGAUUUCCCCAGAAUCACAGCACUGCUCUUUGUGACAUUUUUGCUCACCUAUGUGAUAACUCUGACCUGGAACCUGUCCCUCAUUAUCUUAAUAAAGAUGGAUCCCCACCUCCACACACCCAUGUAUUUCUUCCUCAGCAAUCUGUCCUUCAUAGAUCUCUGCUAUGUCACCUCCACAAUCCCCAAGAUGCUCUCCAACUUCUUCAAGAAAAAGCAAACCAUGACCUUUGUGGGUUGCAUAGUUCAGUACUUUGUGUUUUCCACCAUGGGGCUGAGUGAAUCUUGCCUCAUGACAGCCAUGGCUUAUGACAGGUAUGCCGCCAUUUCUAACCCACUUCUGUACUCCUCAGUCAUCUCACCCACACUCUGUGUUGGGAUGAUGCUGGGUACCUAUACAGCUGGACUCACAGGUUCUUUGUCUCAGGUGUGUGCUUUGCUACAGCUCCACUUCUGUGGACCUAAUGUCAUCAGGCACUUCUUCUGUGACAUGCCCCAGCUGUUACAUCUAUCCUGCACUGACACUUUCUUUGUACAUGUCCUGACUGUUAUAUUAACAAUGAUCUUUGGGAUAGCAAAUGUCUUAGCUAUCGUAACAUCCUAUGGCUACAUUGUCAGGUCCAUUAUGAAAAUCACCUCUGCUAAAGGCAGGUCCAAGGCAUUCAACACCUGUGCUUCUCACUUGACAGCUGUCUCCCUCUUCUACUCCUCCAGUAUCUUUGUCUACCUGAGUUCCAGCUCUGGUGGCUCCUCUGCCUUUGACAGAUUUGCAUCUGUCUUCUACACUGUGGUGAUUCCCAUGUUGAAUCCCUUGAUUUACAGUCUGAGGAACAAGGAAAUCAAAGGAGCCAUGAGGAGAAUGUCCAAGAAAAUAGGAUCCUGCUAA